AUGUCCAAACCAAAGCCCUCCAGCAUGGAGAGCUUGCUUCCCCGCAUGAGGUGGUGUUCAGAGCCUGACCCCGAGGAGCUGAGCAGCUUCACCGAUCUAGUCAAAAGGAAAAAGAAAGUCGCACUUCCGGACCGAUCCUCACUCAUCCUGGAUGUCACGUGUCGUACAGAGCCUCCGCUGUGUCUGAGGGCAGGCCGCUGGUGUCAGGGGGGACACCCUGUCCUCGGAGGCACUUGGCCCCUCAGCAUCCCACCACAAGCCAUGGAUCAAGGCCUGUUCGGGGAUCUCAGCGUCCAGUUCGUCACGCUGCUGAGCCCGUGUGUGGAACAGUACCCCAACCUGACAACGAAGCUGACUCGCAUCCAAUUGUUGGUAUUCGGCCCCAGUAAUGUCCCGGUCUCCAGCCCCUCUGGCUUUUUCCAAACCCUCCCUGCUGCUCUGGACUGUCAGGAACUGGGCCUGGAGAGACUUUCCCGCUCCUCCUCCAAAGGGUUGCAGCACAGCGGCGCGACAGUGUAUACGGUGGAAACGGAGAACCGGGAUGAUUCCGAGCAGGAAUCAAGUCUUUCACCAGUGGAGCAGAGUCUCCUCCUUUUCUUCUUCUUGCAGCACUGUGACCCGUUCAGCUCGCAGCUCGCCGAUGUUCUUGCUUCAGAGGUGUUGAUAGAGCGCCACCUGGACGAUAUUCUGAGCAACAACAGGCAGGCUGUCACAGCGGCUCUGCAAACUGAGCUCAGCAACACAAUGAAGGCGCAAAACAACAAAAAAACGAACCAGAAGAAGCUGCUUUCAGCUGCGGAUGUGAUUGUCAGUUCAACCAUCAGCAUAAUAAGCUGCAGCACUAACCUGGACUUCAGAACAACCUGUCUGAACCACAUGAAGGUGUGCAACACUCGUGACUUGUCUGCCUCCCUGCGAGAGACACUGUGGAGGGUGACCUCAUGGAAAUUUGUUCCCAGGAGCAGAUGCUACACUCCACAGAAGGAACAACAUCCUGAGUGUGAGGAGCAAACCAGAAGGGAGAUGUGAGAGUCUGCUUAAUGCAGGACAAGCUUGUGGAUGCAGUUCACAGUAAAAUAAAAUUAUCUGCAAUUUAAGAUGUGCAAGGAUGGCAUUAACUACUAAACUUACUGUUACUUUAAAGUGUAUAUCUGUGCUAAAAAUG